AUUCUGCUGCUGGUGCUUGCGUCAGGCCACCGCCAGCAUCACCCUCGACAUCGACAGGCAUCCAUCCGCAGGGAGCAGGAGGAAAAGGGAUGUGGGAGUGUCGCUUCCCCCGGUUCAAGAAAUGGGGGAAGAUGCGACGAUCGAGAGCGAAGAGAUCGUUUUGUGGAUCUGCGCAAUCAAAGGAAUCACGGGAAUGAAUGAAAUAAAUAUGGAAAUAUAGAAUGAGGGCGCUGCUUCUGCUUCUGCCUCUGCUGCUUCUUCUGCUGCCGGUGAUGGCGGAUGAAUAAUGUGUUGGAGAAGCGGGGAGAGAGCGAGGGCACCUUGCACUGCACUCUGUGUGUACUGCACAGCACUGCACUGCGUGCUCGUGGGCCCUCGUAUUGAUCACGCGUGUUUUGUUCUAUUCUGUUCGCUGAGCCGAGACCGAGACUGGGGCCGAGGGAUUGGCCUGGCCUCGAGUCGCUGGACUGGGACCCGGUUGGGUUGGCCAGGGUCGGAUCUGACGUUGGCUGCCUUAGACUGAAGAGGCGGAAAGAAUGAAGGAAAGAAGCAAAUGGCGAAGAAUGGCGAGGGGAAUUUCCGGCCUGGGGCUGGUGGGGGGGAGGAGACUUGACGGGACUUAGAAGGUCAAGCAAGGACAGGGAAAAGGAAGGGCCCGGAAGGUUUGUUCAGGCUUUCUGAGACUCUGCGCGCAUUGCCAUUGCCAAAAAACCAGAGGGAGCAGGUUUUAGAAGAGUGUCUGGAGGAGGGUCGCUUUAAUUCCGCGUUGUUGGGGUUUGACUUUUGUUGGCCAGAAGAGGGAGACGAGUUGCUGCAUUUCCGUGGGACGGGACGGCGAGGAUAGGGAGGAGAGGGAGAGGGAGGAGAGCGAUGCAGGAGAGGGCAGGUGGAGGAGUGGGGUAGAAAGCCGAGCCCCGAGGGCAUUUGGGUUUCGAAAGAGGGGAGGUGUGUAGGCUUCGCCUGACUUCCUCUUCCCGUCUUCCUGGUGAUAAGGAAGAACGAACCAGGACGGGAAGAAGAAGAAAGAUCGCUGGAUUCGUGUGCGAAAUACGAGUCGAGGGGAGGAGGAGGAGGAGGAGGAGGAGAGGAGGAGGAUCUGGUGCGGGAAUGAUCUGUUGAAAAUAAGCCGAGCGGUCAGCGGUCAUUCCCGACGACGUUGGACAUUCGGGCGGUGAAGCGGAAUUGAGGCCCUUGCCUGGCUUCGGCGAAUGCGGUCAUGUUCGACAGGACAGGGCUGGGAUUAGCACCUGCUGGUGUAGAUGCCAAGGCCCGGCGAAAAUGAGGACUUUGUAAAAGCGCUCUCGAAGGGAGAGGGAGACGACGAGGAACAGGGCCAGAUCUUCUUCCUUCUCUAUCUGAGUUUGGCAUGAAAGGGGGAGCAAUUGCUGGACAGGUUGCUAUGAGAUGAUGCGGACAUUUGUAGGGAAAUUUGUGCCCUUGGAAACAGGCCCCGAGCGCUGGCGGUAGAUUGGAUCACUACCACAAAUCAAGAAGAAGCGAGAGGAAACUCAGUGUCAGAAAAUAGAUUCCAGUGGCCUAAUGCGGGAGUCUGAAGAGGGCUUGCGAGUUUCCGUUCUUUAGUCGUAGGCGUUGCAAUGGGAGAUUGGGUCACUGGAGCCGCGAUCAAUAUUAUUGGAAGCAUUGGGAUCAAUUUCGGGACGAAUCUACUCAAGCUAGGUCAUAAUCAGAGGAGAAAACCUCACAGAAGUUUGCAUGUUCCGGCGACAAGACGGGAAAGAUCAGCGGUGCUUGAGGCCGGCGAAUCUGGAGAGAAAACUGUCUCGAGAAAACCUGUUACCCAUUUUCAAGCAUGGCGUUUCGGUGUGAUAGUCUUCUCUCUGGGAAACUGCCUCAACUUUAUCUCCUUCGGAUUUGCCGCACAGUCGUUGCUGGCAGCUUUGGGCUCGGUUCAGUUUGUAUCAAAUGUCGGCUUUGCUUAUCUGGUGUUGAAUGAGACUGUGACUGGAAGGAUAUUGUUUGCGACGGCUUUCAUAGUUGUUGGGAACAUAUUUCUAGUCGCGUUUGGCAAUCAUCAAUCAUCAACAUACACAAAUGAGGAACUUCUAGCUAAUUAUAAGGACCCGCUGUAUCUUGGAUAUUGUGCGCUCCUUAUCUUGAUAGUCAUCUCGCAGCACUUCGUAUACAAACGUGGACGACACUUGGUAAUGACCCGUGGUGAGGAAGCUGUUGGAACAUUUUGGCGGACAAUGGUGCCAUUAUCAUACGCCAUAGUAUCUGGGGCGAUCGGUACUCACUCGGUGCUGUUUGCAAAGUCCCUGUCUAUUCUUAUGCGCUUGACCCUAAGUGGUGAAACUCAACUCGAUGCGUUUUUCACCUACCUCAUUUUUUUCCUGUUUCUUGGGACGGCCUCAUUUUGGAUGGCAAGAUUGAACGAAGGACUUGCGAUGUUUGACGCCAUUCUUAUCGUUCCUAUGUUGCAAAUUGCUUGGACGUUCUUCUCCAUCUUUACUGGCUUCAUUUAUUUUGAGGAGUACCAGGUAUUUGAUGGUCCCAGGGCAUCAAUGUUCGCUUUGGGCAUGUUUGCUCUCUUCUUAGGAAUGUCGCUUUUAGCUCCUCAGACCCCUAAGGGUCACGGGACCAAGUCUGGGCCUCCUACCAAUCCAACAGAGUCUAUACCCCUGAUGGAUAUGGUCGAUGGGCCAAUCGCAUCAGAUCAACGGGAGCUGAAGGAGAAAGAUAGGAAAACCCUUGUUCAGCAUAUACUCAAAGACGCCACGGCGCUUGUGGCGAAGGCUAAGACUACAUGUCAAAUGCUACUGGGGAUGGGUCAAGAUCGAAUCCCUGCGUCCUCAGUGUUCGCAAUGCCUAUGUUGGCAUCAUCACGCAUACAAUGGAAGAGUGCAAACUUGAGUAACGAUUGGCUGGCAAAGUUGUCAACCGAUGAUCAAGAGCUUUCUUUGGGCGAAAGUCUUCAUUCUUCUGCUUACGUAUGAGUCCAUGGAUUGUUCAGGAGGCCACACUGCGUCUCAAUCCUUGUAUUGCUUAACAACCCAGCGGAAAUCCCACACCUUUCCUUUUGUCCUGAAAUUUUUUAUAUAUAUGAAACGACUUUGAGGUUUCGGGAUGAAGACGGGUAUGCUCCGACAGAAAGAAAGAAAGUAUAUAGCUUGUGUCCUUGUGCGCAGCUGGUUAGACUAGGGUGAACUGGACAGUACCAUAAUUUGGUAUAUAUUCUUUGUUGACAUAUUGGUCACGAUCCAUCCAUGUACAGUUGGUAUAUUAGCAUGCCUUGAAGUUGUCGUUGUGAUGAACACCGGUUGAAAAGACUCCUAUCCAUCAGUUUGCCUUGAGCACGGACGAAAGUAGGCUUAUUUUCCCAGAACUGUGAAAAUUGUGUGUCGUGCUUCGACCUCUUGGUCACUAGAUGCAUCCAUUCUUGCACCUGUCUCAAAAUUCUUUGAUAUAAAUUCUUGAAGUAUGUCACAGGGUGCUCGCAAAGAAUCUGAUGAAUUCUGCAUCGAAUGUGCAAAGCUUGACUCUCAUACUUCUCUCUGAAGUUUACAUAAUGGAUCGAGGUACCAGGAUGGUCCUCCUUU